AUGAUUUUGAAGGAAACAAUGUAUUUACAUCCUACGGAUCCUUUGAAUCAUUUAACCGGUCAAAAAUGGACCGAAAACCCGAACUUUCAAACAAAUCCAUUGCUUAUGCCAAUGGGCCAAAAUCCACUCAUGGAUAUCCUGCUCAACUACCAAGAUAUCCUAUCAUACCUUACCAAAAACAACAAAAAAUCUAAGGUUGGAAAAAUCUACGGAAUGUGUUCAAAUGCCGAAAUGCACCAGAGGUUUAUAAAGGGAUUGGCAAGCGUUUUCGAGGUGGGAUGUAACGGUGUGUUAGAAGAAAGCCUAGCCAUCAAGUCUAACGUACCUUAUGUAAAGAGAGCAAUAUUUGUCCCGGGCAAAGUAAGACCAGUGGUAUGGUGUAGAAGAACCGUUUACUACAUGCUGUACCACUUUGUGGACGCCGACAUCAUCAAGAAGCCAUACCUGAUGAACGUUAAAUUCACCUACGCUGACAUCUUUCACUUUUUACUGGACAGGAUGAUGAGCAUAGUCAACGACCUGAAAGAACAGUCAUGCUCAAAACACAGAGGAUACAUUGAGUGUUUAGAAAUAAUCAUAAGGUUUCUAAUAUACUCUAAUGAAAUUCUGCUUGACUACGAAAAAUACUGUCCAGUUACAGUAUUUAAGUUCAUCAGGCAUUGUAUGAAACUGCUCAUUAUAAGCUACAAAGAUGUUAACAAGGUAAUCAGAAUAGAGUCGCAAAACUUAGGAGAAGUCCAGCAGGCGGAUCUGGAUGAAACUUCAAAGUUGGUGAAGGAAAUUCUGGUAUACCAAUCACCGUACGAGGAGGAGUUCUGGUCGUACAGGCUUCUGCUAAUGGUCCCAAAUUUAGUAGGAAAAACCAAUACGACGCUGACUCAGCUGUCAAGCUGUGUACCGGCGAAAUUCAGAGACAGCGAGAUGGUUCAAGUAUCACUAGAGGCAUGUUUGGCUGCAUCAUUGUUGAAUACAAUAAAGUACUUUGAAAUCAUGAAAAGCGACAGGUGCAAACCAUUACAGGCAGCACUGAUGAACUACGUUGCUAUUCAUUUAAGAACAAGGUACUUGUACGAAAUGGUGGUCACUAAAACGGUAAAAGAUAUCGAUCCUUCGAAUAUCUUUCAACACGAAAAUAACAUGGGAUAUUUAGAUAUAGGUUUAAUUAAUUACCAAAAGUUUCUAGGAGGAUACAACAUUCAUUUGGAUUCAGUUAGUAAAAAAUUGGUUUAUGAUUCGAUGUACACUGAUAAACUAAAGAAAGACGUUAAAAAUAUUGUCCACAUAAAAGGAACCUACGGCUCUCCAAGCAUUUCGGUACGAGUAAAACUAUCAGAAUAUGAAUCGCGACAGAUUAUAUUUGAUCCGGACUAUAAAUUUCCUACCGUCAUCGAAACUGACAGUCCUCACUGUCUGUUUGACGAAUCGAGAUCAUCAGGAACCGAAGAAUCUAGUUAUGCAGACGACACAGAAGAUACUCCAACUGACAAUGAACACAAUACACCAAUCAAUGCAGAUGUUACAAAAGCCGACGAAAAAAAUGUCGCAACACACAAAACACCGGAAAGCGCGUCGUCAACAGUGAAUAAUAAAGAACCUGAAAAUGUCGUUGACGCCCAUCCGGUGUUAUCACACAAUACACCAAUCAAUGCAGAUGUUACAAAAGCCGACGAAAAAAAUGUCGCAACACACAAAACACCGGAAAGCGCGUCGUCAACAGUGAAUAAUAAAGAACCUGAAAAUGUCGUUGACGCCCAUCCGGUGUUAUCACACAAUACACCAGUCAAUGCAGAUAAUACAAAAGCCGACGAAAAAAAUGUCGCAACACACAAAACACCGGAAAGCGAGUCGUCAACAGUGAAUAAUAAAGAACCUGAAAAUGUCGUUGACGCCCAUCCGGUGUUAUCACACAAUACACCAGUCAAUGCGGAUCAUACAAAAGCCGACGAAAAAAAUGUCGCAACACACAAAACACCGGAAAGCGCGUCGUCAACAGUGAAUAAUAAAGAACCUGAAAAUGUCGUUGACGCCCAUCCGGUGUUAUCACACAAUACACCAGUCAAUGCAGCUGUUACAAAAGCCGAUGACCAAAAAAUGAAUACCGAUGAAGAUGACGAUAUAAUAGAGAUUUUGGAAGAUUUCAUUAGGGUCCCUAGGUAUGAUCUAACGUAUAUAUUAUUGAUACCUUCUCCGUGCCGUCAUACACUGUUAUGGAUAGCAAGAACAACAAACGAUACUUUAAAAAAUAAAACACUGAUAAUACUACCAACCCCUCUAGUUCGGAAAAUAUUAGAGUUAGAAUUUCCGAAUUUAGUUUAUCGUAGUAUAUUAGCGUAUAAAUUGAAGUCUGUUGUUGCCAGGGAUAUAUUGAAGAGGAUAUUUGUACCAAUUGUCGUAAAUAGCAUAUAUGAUCAAGAUUUACAAAUUGAUGUUUCAGAGAAUGCAAAUCGUUUUGAAACAAUAGAAGACCUACUUAAACCAUCGCUGUUGUCAAAAAUAAAUGAAGGUAUAGAAAUGGGAGAUUAUUCACAAAUGGAAACAGACUUUGAAGAAGAAUAUCUUAAGAUAAACAAUCGUGUAGUCGAUGUCAAGACGGUUGUUAGGCUUUUUAUACAAAGUUAUUUAAGAGCAACGGGAAACACUGGUGCAAGGAGAACCUCACGGAACAAUGCAUCAGCUAAUAGGAACACUGUCAAUACAAAUUCUGCACAGAAUAAUAGAACAGUUAAUUCAGAUUCUGCUCGUUCUUAUGGAGAUAGAGAUCACCAAUCGGACGAAACAGAAUCUCCUAAAAGUAGAUCACACAAUUGGGCACAGUACCAAGGGGAAAUAAUACGGAGACGACAGAGGAAGCUGGUACACAAAACAAUGCGAAUGGUUUUCAGUUUUCAACUACCGGAAAUACUGCUGCACAAACGAUGGGUGGCCUAG